AUGGAGGGAAUCGAAAAAGAUCGACGAGUCCCGCAUAAGCUUCCUCGAUCUCCCCGCCGAGCUCCGCAUACUCAUCUAUUGCUCACUCAUCGUCUUCCCCAAGAUCCUCAUCUUUCCCAGCCUCCGAAUGUCACGACCUACCUUCAUCUCUCAGAGUAUAGCAUCUGCCGCCAGAUCACCGUCGAAGCCCUGCAAGAGUUCUACUCCCAUAACACCUUCUGCGCUACGGACCACUACGAAUGCGGCCCUAAAUUGGCUCCAGGACUUCUCCAUAAAAGCCGGCAAGUAAAGUGCCACAUUCACAGGCCACCGGGAUUCCCAAGGGCCGUCGAACCCAAGUACGCGCACCUGGUCCGGGAGCUGAGAUACGUGGUUCCAUCGGAGAAGUACUUUUGCGAUCCCAAAGCGAUAGACUAUCAGCUUGGGCACCCGUCUUUCGAUCGCAAAUGCAUUUCGGGUGAAAUUAAUGAACCAACUUUGAUAAAGAUCCAGCAGGAAAUCACGGACUUGGUGAAGAGGAAGCUGGAUAUGUCGAUUUCUGGGUCUGGCGAAACUCCAAAGGAGAUCCCCGAUUGGGUCGAAUUCGAGUUCACUGUGCGCAAAACCAGUUUAGAGAGCAGUCAGGGAUUGUGGGGCCUGGACUGGUGA